UUUCUUUCUUUGAGUCCUAUUGCACUUAUCACUUUUGUUUUCUCUCUUAAUAUUUCACAUACAUACCAAUUAAAAAGUCACAAUGGCUCAGAAGGUUUGGCGACGCAACUUUGCGGCUGGAUUCGGCCUUGAGAAGGCCCUGGAGGCAGCUCGCAGCUCCAGCGCUCCAGUUGCUAUUCAGUCUCCUCCCGCCGGAAGCUCCCCUGAAGAGCUUCAAGCUUUGACCGACGCAGAUGUCGGUGGCCAGGGCUUCACUCUCUCUUCCUUCACAGCCGACGACGCCGCAGAGCUAGGAAACCUCCUCUACGCGCGCCUCCUCCCCUUUGCCAAGGCAGGCCGCUCAACUCUCAUCUCCAUCAGCAACGGCGCCGGUACUCAGACUCUCUACCAGGUCGCCACCGGUCCCGGCGUCACUCCCGACAACGAGAGCUGGGUGAAGCGCAAGAGGACCGCUGUGCUGCGGUUUGGCGUGAGCUCGUGGUUCUUGGGACAGAAGCACGCGGGCAACGAGGCGGCGUUUGCGGCAAAGUUUGGUCUGGGGCCGAGUGAGGCGGGGGAGUAUGCGAUUCAUGGAGGGGCGAUUCCUAUUCGUGUGGAGGGCGUGGAUGGGGUUGUUGGGGUUGUGAUUGUGAGUGGGCUGAAGCAGCAUGAGGAUCAUGGUGUGAUUGCGGAGGUGAUUCGGGAGAAUUGGGCGUGAAGAAAUGUAAUGAUGAAUGAGCUGUGAUUGUGUUUGUUGUACUUGACGAAGAACUUAUGAAAUAUCCAAGAUUAAUCAUCUUUCAGACUUAUACUCAGGAGUCUUUGGUGGAAUCAUUGUGCUAAUAGUGCAGUUUGUAAGGGAGUUGUGUAUAUAUGUGAAAUUCAAGAUUGAGAUGCCAGAG